AUGUCCACGGACAACACUCCGAAGGAAGAGACAAGCCCUCCCAAGCCCCCCAGCUACCCAGAAGGAGGCGUAAAGGCGUGGCUAGCAGUUCUGUCUUGCUGGUGUGUGAUGUUCAACACAUUCGGUUACAUCAAUGCAUUCGGAAUCUACGAAGCAUACUACCAAAGCACAUUCCUCAAGAAUGAGAGCGCCUCCAACAUCGCCUGGAUCGGCUCCCUACAAGCCUUCUUCAUGUUCUCAGCAGGCCUCAUCUCGGGUCCGUUGAUGGAUCGCUACGGUCCUAGAAUAAUCCUAAUCCCAUGCUCCCUCCUCUUCAUCCUCUCGGUCAUGCUCACCAGCCUCUGCACGGAGUACUACCAAUUCCUCCUAGCCCAAGGCAUCCUCGGCGGCCUGAUGAACGGCCUAACCUACACCCCGACCCUAACAGCAGUAAACCAAUACUUCCUGCGACGCCGCCCGCUAGCCAUGGGGAUCGCCUCCUCGGGCUCCUCCUUCGCAGGCGUCGUCCUCCCCAUCGCACUCAACCGCAUGCUCCACGACUCUCCGCUCGGAUUCGGCUGGACCGUCCGGAUCAUCGGCUUCCUCAUGCUAGCGCUCAGCCUCGUGGCCUGCGCAUGCGUCUCCUCACCCGCCGCGCCGCGCCGAACGGGCGCCCCCUUCCUCCAAGAGGCCUGGCACCACCCCGCCUACACCCUGCAAGUCCUCGGCCUGUUCCUCAUCAUGUGGGCCCUCUUCACCCCCUUCUUCUACGUCCCGGACUACGCACACUCCAUCUUAAACCUGAAUAUCAACCUCUCCAGCUACCUGGUCUCCAUCAUGAACGCCGGCUCCUUUGCCGGCCGCCUCCUCACGGGGGCCUUCGCCAACCGCUUCGGCCGGUUCAACGGCCUGGUCCUGGCGUCGGCCGUCUCCGGGGUGCUGAUCCUCUGCUGGCUGGCCGUGGAUUCCCAGGGCAGCAUGAUUGCUUUUUGCCUGUUGUUCGGGUUCUUUUCGGGCUCGGUGAUCGGGCUGUUCACGGCGACGCUGGCGAUGACGGCCCCGCGGCCGAAUGUGAUUGGCUCGUAUAUGGGGAUGGCGUUGGGGGUGCUGAGUCUGGCGUGUUUGACGGGGACGCCGAUCACGGGCGCGAUGGUCAAUCGGUAUGGCGGCUUUGAGGCCGCUAUUAUUUUUGCGGGCGUGUGUGCGUUGGUUGGGGCCGGGGUUGUUGCGGUCGCGAGGGUAAGGUUUGCCGGGUGGGUGGGGGUUGCUUAG